AUGUCCAAGACCGCACUUAAGGACCUCAAUACCAUUCCUGUAACUGAAAGGAAGAGCGAGGGCUCUGGUAAGACGUGUUUGACAAAGCCUCCGGUUGACAAUGCUAAUGAAAAUAUUGAAGAAUAUCAAAAGAAGAAAAAUGGUCCUGCUUUGGUUUCCCCACAUGUUAAUGGAAAUCAGGCUGUCCCUGUGGAUUCUGUUGUAGAGAUUGGAAUUGUAGAAAUAGAGUACAUUGAAUCCGAGAAUUUGAACGAUGUAGAAGAUAUUGAUACUUGUCUCAAGACCCUCUUAGCCGCACUUGACUCAAAGGAUUGGGUCCUGGUCUGUGAUACUCUAAAUAAUGUACGUCGGUUGUCUAUAUUUCAUAAGGAAGCAAUGCUUGAUAUUCUGGGGAGUGUGAUUACACAUAUUGCUAAGGCCCUGAAAAGUCCUAGGAGUGCUGUUAUCAAAACGGCCGUUAUGACAUCUGCUGACAUUUUCUGUGCAUAUAAUGAUCUUAUGAUAGAUUCACUGGAUCCUCUGCUAUUACAGCUUCUUCUAAAGUCUUCACAGGACAAACGUUUUGUAUGCGAAGCAGCAGAAAAAGCCUUGAUAUCAAUGACUACUUGGAUAUCCCCUAUUUCAUUGUUGCCAAAAUUGCAACCAUACCUUAAGCACAAGCAUCCCCGUGUUCGUGCAAAGGCAUCAAUGUGCUUUUCUCGAAGUGUUCCACGACUGGGUGCAGAAGGCAUAAAGACAUACGGCAUUGACAAAUUGAUUCAAGUAGCUGCAUCCCAGUUGAGUGACCAGCUUCCUGAGUCCAGAGAAGCAGCUCGAACCCUAAUUCUUGAGCUUCAAAAUGUUUACGAGAAAUUUCACAAUUUCGAGACUGAGACAGCAUCUGAGGAUCCCAAGACUGAGACAGCAUCUGAGGAUCCUAAGACUGAGACUGCAUCUGAGGAUCCUAAGAUCAAGACUGCAUCUGAGAAUCCUAAGACCGAGACUGCAUCUGAGAAUCCUAAGACCGAGACUGCAUCUGAGGAUCCUAAGACUGAGACAGUGACUGAAGAUCCAGAUACUGAUUCAGAAUCCUGGGAAAACUUUUGUCAGUCAAAUCUUUCUCCUUUAAGUGCUCAAGCUGUACUUCGCGUCACCAGUAUUGCACGGGAAGGUCUUGUUUCAUGA